AAAUGCAUUGCCUGUGGACAUCGUAGAGAAAGUAUGGCGGUUAAAGGCAUUGUUUGUAAGAAAAAUGUGGCGCACCGGCGAAUGACCUCAAAAAUAGAUAAGCCUAGACUCCUAAUUCUUGGAGGAGCACUGGAAUAUCAACGGGUGGCUAACCAUUUGUCAAGUUUUGACACUUUAUUGCAGCAGGAAAUGGACCAUCUAAAGAUGGCUGUUGCAAAGAUUGAUGCUCAUCAUCCAAGCAUUCUGUUAGUAGAGAAGUCUGUAUCUCGAUUUGCGCAGGAAUACCUGCUUGCGAAAGACAUAUCUCUGGUUCUCAAUGUGAAGCGGUCACUUUUAGAGCGUAUUGCCCGUUGUACAGGUGCACAAGUAGUCCCUUCAAUUGAUAAUCUUACAACGCCGAAGUUAGGGUACUGUGAUUCGUUCCAUGUUGAUAAGUUCGUAGAAGAGCAUGGUAGUGCUGGGCAAGCUGGAAAAAAAUUGACAAAGACCUUGAUGUUUUUCGAGGGAUGCCCAAAGCCAUUUGGUUGUACGAUUUUGCUCAAGGGCGCCAACGGGGAUGAUUUGAAGAAGAUAAAACGUGUUAUCCAGUAUGGAGUUUUUGCUGCUUAUCACCUGGCUCUGGAGACGUCUUUUCUUGCUGAUGAAGGUGCUUCCUUGCCAGAGCUCCCUUUGAAGUCCCCAAUUAAAGUUGCAUUGCCUGAUAAACCAUCAACUAUUCAAAGAUCCAUUUCUAUGAUUCCUGGUUUCUCUCUACCCAUAGCCCAGAGACCGCUCGAUCACCAUUGCCUUGGCAUGUCAUCUCAUUCCUCAACCAACAUGUUGUCUGGUAUCACAUCAUCAUCCAACAAUGCUCCACUGCUUGUUGAACAGUCAAGUUUCCCUGAAGGUUCUAACUCAUUAGCUAGUGCUACAACGGCCUCAAAUAAGGUAGACCUUUCUGAUUGUCUUAAUUCCUCACAUCAUUCAAGGCUUCAGUUCUCAGAUCAAGCUGACGAGAGGAAUAAAAUGGCUCCAAAUGACCCUCAUGAAGAAUCUCCACUGGACAGAGGUGAAGUUGCAGGAAAUGAUUAUAUACCGAAUUUUCCUAGCAAUGCUUUGAGAGAUGCUGGUAGCCUUUCUCAUGUUGUGGAAAUUUUACGCACUACUCACACUUCAGAAUUGGUGCUACCGGAAUUUGAUAAUAGUUACUUUGAGGAAUUAGGCUCAUCGAAGCAAGAGUUUCCUUCCUCAUCUUCCGAUCAGCAGAGUAUUUUAGUGUCCCAUUCAACACGCUGUGUUUGGAAAGGAACUGUUUGCGAGCGCGCUCAUAUUUCUCGAAUAAAAUACUAUGGACUCUCUGAUAUGCCUUUGGGCCGUUUUUUACGGGACCAGCUGUUUGCUCAGAAUUAUAGGUGUCCCUCAUGUGAAAUGCCGCCAGAGGCACAUGUUCAUUGCUAUACUCAUCGGCAAGGCAGCCUCACAAUUUCUGUAAAGAACCUACCUGAACGUAUCUUGCCAGGAGAACGGGAAGGAAAGAUAUGGAUGUGGCACAGGUGUCUGCGAUGUCCUCGGACCAAUGGUUUCCCUCCUCCAACCAGGAGGGUAUUGAUGUCUGAUGCUGCUUGGGGAUUGUCAUUUGGGAAAUUUUUGGAACUCAGUUUUUCAAAUCAUGCAGCAGCGAGCAGGGUCGCAAGUUGUGGUCAUCUUCUUCACCGAGAAUGUCUCCGGUUCUAUGGGUAUGCUGUUUCCUAUAUGGCAUUUUUAUGCAUUAACUUUUCACACUGGGAUUAUAAUGCCUUCACCGGAUUAUUAUGCAAGGCACUUAGUGGGGAAGUCAAAGUUGGUCAGCCUGCAGUUGACAUCCUUGAGAUAAAUCGACUGAGAAGGCAGUUGGUUUUUCAUGCUUAUCUAUGGGACAGACGCUUGAUACAUCUUUCCAGUUCUCAUGGUAAAAAUUCCCAAACUCAGGGCAGUUUGACACCACAACUGAAGGAGAAGUGCUUCAGCUCUAGCGAGGAACUUUCUGAAAGGAAUGCAAUUCCGAGACCUGGCAAAAGCUUAGGUAGCUAUGAUUCAGUUCUUCAGUAUGGGAAGACUGAAAUAACAUCAAAUGAAGGAAGGCACAAUCAGAUUCCUGAUGGGGUUCAUGAACGAUUGAAUAUUGAUGAGAACUUAACCCAUGGGAAAGACACUCAGGCUACAGGAGAUGGAAAUGUACUGGAACCUGGAAAAAAUGUCACACGUGUACUUUCAGAUGGAAAGUUCCCUUCUGUGGAAAGUUUAUCUGACACUCUUGAUGCUGCAUGGACUGGUGAAGGCCACCUGGCUAUUAAGGAGCAUAACAGUGCAUUUCCAGAUUCUUUCCUUGUAGAUUCUUCUGCUUUGACUGGAGUUACAGCAAACUCAGAUGUCGAAAGGUCUAUGUGUGGCAAAAGUGGGGCUGUAACACCUCAUUUAUCUGCAAAGUCUGACAAUGCGGACUACUUGACCUGGUCAACGGCACAUUUUUCAAAUUUCUAUCGAUACUUCAACAAGAAUAUCACAUCAAAUCCACAAUUUAUUGGUAAAUUGGACGAGCAUAAUCCUGUUUAUAUCUCGUCGUUUAGCGAAUUGCUACAUCAAGGUGGUGCCAGGCUGCUGAUGGCUGUUGGUGUUAAUGACAUUGUUGUUCCAGUUUAUGAUGAUGAGCCAACAAGUAUUAUCUCAUAUGCACUUGUGUCACCAGAUUACCACAAUCAAAUGUCAGAUGAACCUCAAAAUCUGAAAGAAAAUCACAAAUCUUCAGCUUCUCUGCCGUUUCUGGAUUCAUUAAAUUUACUUUCACAUUCGUCUGUGGAUGAAGUAGUUUCGAACUCUCCAAGAAGUUUCGGAUUUACAGAUGAAAGCAUGUCAUCGAGUUUUAGUUCUCGCAACUCAAACAUGGAUCCACCUGCAUAUAUUAAUGCUUUGCAUGCCCGAAUAUCUUUCUCAGAUGAUGGACCUCUGGGAAAGGUUAAGUACACAGUCACCUGUUAUUAUGCAAAGCAUUUUGAGACCUUAAGAAAGUCUUGUUGCCCCUAUGAAUUAGACUUCAUACGGUCCCUUUGCCGAUGUAAAAAAUGGGGUGCACAGGGUGGCAAGAGCAAUGUUUUCUUUGCCAAAACCUUGGACGACCGAUUUAUCAUCAAGCAGGUAACAAAGACAGAGUUGGAGUCAUUUAUCAAGUUUGCACCAGCUUACUUUAAGUAUUUAUCUGAAUCAAUAGCUAGUGGGAGCCCAACUUGCUUGGCAAAGAUUUUGGGGAUCUACCAGGUUGCAUCAAAGCAUCUCAAAGGGGGGAAAGAAUCAAGAAUGGAUGUGCUUGUUAUGGAAAAUCUUCUUUUUAAGCGCAACAUCACUAAACUGUAUGACCUCAAAGGGUCUUCUCGAUCACGCUAUAAUCCAGAUUCAAGUGGAAGUAACAAAGUUUUACUUGAUCAGAACUUAAUUGAAGCAAUGCCAACUUCUCCGAUUUUUGUGGGAACGAAGGCUAAGCGGCUGCUGCAGAGAGCUGUGUGGAAUGAUACUUCAUUUCUAGCGUCAAUAGAUGUGAUGGAUUACUCAUUACUAGUCGGAGUGGAUGAGGAAAAGCAUGAACUGGUGCUCGGUAUUAUUGAUUUCAUGAGACAGUAUACAUGGGACAAACAUCUUGAGACGUGGGUAAAGGCUUCAGGCAUUCUAGGUGGGCCAAAGAAUUCAUCCCCAACAGUGAUUUCUCCAAAGCAAUACAAAACGAGAUUCAGGAAAGCAAUGUCGACAUACUUUCUGAUGGUGCCAGAUCAAUGGUCUUCAUCAACAGGCAUUUCUAGUGGAUCCCAAGCCAAUCUAUGCGAAGUGUCAAGUGGGCCUACAUGAAGUGAUCCUUAAAUAUCAGUUCAGAAAAUUUUCAAGAUAUUUGCCCCGACCGGUCUUGUACUACAGGAAGUUACUUCCACACCAAGAAUCUCUAUUUUUUGGCAGUUCUGCAACUGUAGUCUAAGCUCUUGUACAGACAAUAGUGUUUCUUCUUUUUCUUUCUCCCUAUGAUUUGAGAUGAAGAAAGGGUCUCCAGUGGAUUGUCCGAGGAACAUAUCGCACCGCACCCCCUCCCCCAGGUUGGUUUUCUAGUUUUCAGGAACUUGAUACGUCCAUUUUGAUGCUCAAUGGAAGUGCUUGGUAUAUUCAUGUGCUUCAAUGAGAAUGAGAGGGUUUGACAACGGCUGUUAUGGUAGCAGUAAGAAGGAAUAGAAUUUUAUCUAGAAGCUGAGUCCUAAAAUUAGAUGCCAUUCGAAAUUUGUACACGCUUGAGAUAUAUAAACUCCCUCUUCAAAGAGUAUUUCUUAUUGGGAUUCUUGCCCUA